AUGGCGUCGCCACCACCCUCCAGCCCGGUAUUAGAAACCGCUGAACGAGGACCUGAACCUCCAGAAGAACCCCUGCAGCAUGACGUGCCGCACACUGGGAACCGCCGAUCCACGAGCCAAGGAGGAGAUGCUCGUAAUGAAGCUACCCGGCCCGUAGUGGGCGACGAACCAGGCUCAGAAGCUCGAAACGUCGACGAGGAAGCGGGCAAUCGCGACCCGCCAUCCGAACACAAGCUAAAGACGAAACCCGCGGAAAACAAGCCGACAAAACCUGGCGCCACGGGCUGGGACUACGUGUACGACCGAUUACGGUUAUAUGAUCAGGAAAUGAUCAAGGGCUACUCCCAGGAUAUCGACAACCUCCUCAUCUUUGCAGGUCUAUUUUCUGCGGUCCUCACCGCGUUUCUGGUUGAGGUCUACACUCAGUUGCAGCCGGACAACACUCAGCUUUCCGUCCAACUCCUCUCGAAUAUUUCUCUCCAGCUCCAGCAGAUCUCCUUGAACCAAGCCGCACCUGCGUCCGUCGAUCCGCUCAACAUGUCCUUUCAGGCCGAUUCCCAUGUGGUCGCGAUCAACGCGCUCUGGUUCCUCAGCCUCAUCCUCGCGCUCGCCUCUGCUCUCCUCGGCAUAUUCGUGAAGCAAUGGCUUCGCGAGUACAUGGCAUGGCCGAACAUCUCCCCCGUUCAGCACGCCAUACAGCUUCGGGAGUUCCGCUACGAUGCCUUCCAAAACUGGAAAGUCCCCACUAUCGUUACGUUGGUUCCUGGCCUUUUGCAGCUCGCGGUCGUGCUUUUCUUCGUCGGGCUCGUCACUCUACUUUGGCCCAUUGACACCGUCGUAGCUGGAGUGUGCUGCGCCGCCGCCGGUUUAACCACAUUCAUGGCGGCGCUGACUGUACUACUACCGCUGUUCUUCGAGACUUGUCCAUACAAGACACCGUUCGGAUGGAUGAUACGCCCUAUUCUACGACCGUUUUACCGCGUCAUCAGACCAUUUCUGUACUCCCUAUACUCUUGGAACCGGCCGGACUGGCUCCAAGCCAUUAUGUGGUACUUUUGGGAUUGUCAAUAUCCCGUCCCUGACAUGUACGCGUUCGAUGGAUGGGAUCAUCGCGAUCUCGCCUUGCGGCGCUUCGGACAUGACUCAGAGAGCAGCAUCGCAACUCAAAUCCACUCGCUGCUGUGGCUUGCCUCACAUGAGGAACCCGGAGACGGUGUGAUCAAGAAAUGCAUUUCCGAUGCACCAGGACCGCGCGUGCGCAUCCGUUCUGCCCUCCAACGACGUGAUAAUUCUUUGCCUGCAACGCCGGAGCAACGCCUGCGUGCAUACUGGAAGGCCAUCUCCGAGCUGUUAGGGAUGCCAUGUGUCGGAUCUAAAAUCCCGGCGCUCGAUGUACUCGACAAGGAGUGCAAAUACAACGAUGCCCAGGGAACCGUCGCAAUCAACUACCACAAACUUUAUCAUGCCUUCGAUUCGCUGACAUCCUUCAACGACACCCAAAUUUCGCUCAUAUCUGAACUACUCAAGUCCGGGCUCGAUAUGCUCCUCCGUGAUUCGAUGAGCGACAUUGACGAUUGGUUCGGCCUCUAUGUCAACUCACUGGCAAUGAUGACCUUCAUUGCAAAUAUGAACAUUAGUUUCGGUGCCACAUGCAUCGUCUUCCUUCUCAAAACCCUCGCAAACUCCAACCAGUCCUCGCUGACAAGCCCCGCGAAUGAGAAGAUUUUUGCCUUCAUUCACGCAUUUGGAAGUCACAUGCUGCACAUCUGGCCGGAGCCGGAAGAAAUGGCUGACAUGCUUGAGCUUGCAUGUUCAUGCUAUGACCGUGCCGCGUUUCGGACGGAUCCAUUGCAUCGUCUCCGAUUCUGGGCGGCGGUGUCGGUGGUCACCAGGACACGUACAUUCUUGAACGACUCCCAACACUGGAGCACGGCUAUGAAUGUGUUUGGUGACCGUUUGGUAGAGGCGCUCUCGCUAUGGACCGAGCCUCGCAAUGGACAGCCUGUUGCUGCAGGAGACUUGAGGGUGCACUGGUAUGAUCUAGCCUCUUUUCUGGGAUCCCAUUCGGACACCGCCCCCGAUUUCUCAAGAAAGGUCGCAAAUUUCAUUUUAGAGGUUCAUCGGCGCGGAACCUUCGCGGAUGGAAUAAUAAUGAAGGCAUUCAUCAACGAGCGUCAUCGGUGGGGUACACGCUGGGACAAUGCAAACGAUGUUUACGAAUACUUUGGGGUUAACCCAACACCGGGCAGCGGAGGGGCCGUCGGUCCUUCGUCGGAUACGCGCCAAGACGCCCUGUCAGUGCUACCACAUGCACAUUCCGUUCCCGACACGGAGUCAACGCCACUUCUCGGUCCAGAACCUAACAAAGAAACCGUCUCGUACGACGAUGGUCACGAUGGCACGCCAUCUUAUCAUAGGGCUUCCGCGUCGAACGCACUCUCGACUUCCGGGACCCUGCAGGCGCAGCGGACCGACUCUCACUCGAAUGGGGAGACCGGAGGUGGACAGGAGAGCAUCGUCGAUGAUGACUCGUUUCCUCGUCGCGGACAAAUUGUCCUUCAAGGCCCAAAGAUCAGUGCCCGGGGUAGCACUUCGUCGGCUCUUGCAGGAGAAAGUGGUGCGGGGUUGGAGCGCGGCGUCAGGCGUGCGAGCGCGCCGCUACCGCCUAAUACCUUGGACACACAGAACACGUCGAGUCGUACUUCACCCUAUGACGGAGUCCUGUCGUCGAGUCAAGAUCGACCGGUGUCUCGCGUCGAAAGUCAGGACGGUGGUGGAGGGCUGGCGGGUGUUCCCAUACAGGUGUCGAGAACGAUCGCGCCGAUAACAUUGGGGUAGGGGACGUAGACAACACCGAGUCGUCGCCUGGGACGGAGGAUGGGUCCUCGGGCUUCUCGGGACAGGACACUGGUGGACGUGUGAUGGGGGAAUCCGAGCCGAGGAGCGCCCAUAUCGAUUGCCCUAGAACAUGAUGACCUAUAGAGUGUUGGGCAGGUCUGAACAAG